AUGAGACCCUCAACCACACCAAUCCUUCCUCCAACCACAGCCAUCCAGGCUCCUGGGACCAACCAGAGCAGGGCUGUGGGGCUACCAGAGCCAUCCUACACUGUCCUCAAGUUCAUGGAGAGCUUCUGCCUGCUGAGUGCUGCCUGUGGGAUGGUGGGGAAUGGCCUGGUCCUGUGGUUCCUGGGCUUCCGCAUCCGCAGGAACCACUUCACCGUCUACAUACUGAACCUGGCAGCAGCCGACUUCGGGUACCUGCUGUGCAUCGCCGUGGAGACCGUGCAGUACCUGAUGCAGUUCAACGUGGGGGUGCAGUUUGGGAUAUUCCUCUUCCUGGAUCUCUUCAUGUACGGCACGGGCCUGUACCUGCUGACGGCCAUCAGCAUUGAGCGCUGCCUGUCCGUGCUGUCGCCCAUCUGGUGCCGGACACACCGCCCAAAGCACCUGUCUGCCGUGGUGUCCGGCCUGCUCUGGGCCCUGUCCCUGCUCCUGAACGCUCUGGGAUAUGUUUUGUGCACUGUUCACCCCUCUCCCAGGGCCUGCCGACGCUUGCUCAUCGCCAUCGGAGCCUUGGAUUUCCUCGUCUGCGCGCCCCUCAUGCUGUUCUUCAGCCUCACCCUUUUCCUCCGGGUCAAGUGCAGCUCCCAGCCCUUCCAAACAGGCCGGCUCUUCAUUGUCAUCAUGCUCACCAUCCUCCUCUUCCUCAUUUUUGCCGUGCCCCUCAGUGUCCUUAUCUUCCUGGAUUUCUUGGGCCACAAGUUCCUGUAUUCCCCGGAGAUUGGCUUUGUGCUGUCCUGCGUCAACAGCACCCUCAAUCCCAUCAUUUACUUCCUGGUGGGAAGCUAUAGGGAUCGGAAAUUCAGGCUCACCCUCAGGCUGGCAUUCCAGAGGGCCUUCCAAGACUCAGCAGAUGACAGAGAUGAGCGGGAAACCCGGGACACGAUAACCAUGUCCUCCUGAAAUCCUGUCUGGAAUGUCUUGGCAGAACUGAAGAAUACCAAGGUACUGGGGAAGGUUCAUCUCACCUGACCCUCAGUACCUUCUUUGCAGAUAUUUUAGGUCAUUAUUUUACAUCCCCAUCUGUGGCACAUAAGCAUCUGUAUUUACCCGACCUGUA